GGGCGGCGGUGGGCAGCCAAGGGAGGAGGGGAGGGGCGAGGCGCCGUCGCCAGCCCCCUCCCCUCGUCUGCGCUCCCUUCCUUUCUCCCUCUCGCGGGCACCGGAGCGCAUCCCGCCGAGGCCGGGCCGCUUCAGUGGGAGGUGCCAACACCUCGCUGCGCCGGGCCCCCGACCGAGCAGUAACCGGGACCAAGGAGGCGGAGCGGACGCGGCUCCGGCCUGAGCGGAGUCACAUUAACUUUGCUCUGGAAGACAACUUUACAAGGAUCUAAAAGGAACAGGAUUAAAGAUGACUGAAUACUGAGCUCCAGAAAUUUAAAACAAUCAGCUUAGCAAAUCAUAUAUUCUUCUGUGGAGAUGAGAAUUGAUGUCUGCUCUUCCCAGUGAUUUGGAACUUUCCUAUCUCAGAGAGAAGUUGACCAAGGGACUGCCCAGGACUGAGUCUGUAUGGAAGAAGAACUUCCUCUUUUCUGUGGAGACAGUGGCAAGCCAGUACAGGCUACUCUGUCAUCUUUGAAGAUGUUAGAUGUGGGAAAGUGGCCAAUUUUUUCCCUUUGUUCUGAGGAAGAACUGCAGUUAAUUCGUCAGGCUUGUGUCUUUGGCAGUGCUGGCAAUGAAGUUUUAUACACUACAGUAAAUGAUGAGAUUUUUGUGCUUGGCACAAACUGCUGUGGCUGUUUGGGGUUAGGUGACGUCCAGAGCACCAUUGAACCUCGGAGACUGGAUUCUUUAAGUGGCAAAAAAAUAGCCUGCCUCAGCUAUGGGAGUGGUCCACAUAUUGUCCUUGCAACAACAGAAGGAGAAGUCUUUACCUGGGGUCACAAUGCUUAUAGCCAGCUGGGCAAUGGGACGACUAAUCAUGGUUUAGUGCCCUGUCAUAUCUCUACUAACUUGUCAAACAAACAAGUCAUUGAAGUGGCCUGUGGGUCUUACCAUUCUUUGGUGCUAACAUCUGAUGGAGAGGUAUUUGCCUGGGGUUAUAAUAACUCUGGGCAGGUAGGAUCUGGAUCAACAAUUAAUCAGCCAAUCCCUCGGAGAGUCACUGGCUGCUUACAGAAUAAAGUAGUUGUGACCAUAGCAUGUGGGCAGAUGUGCUGCAUGGCAGUAGUGGACAGUGGGGAGGUCUACGUCUGGGGUUACAAUGGAAACGGGCAGCUCGGACUUGGCAACAGUGGUAACCAGCCAACCCCUUGCAGAGUGGCAGCUUUGCAAGGCAUCCGUGUCCAGCGGGUCGCCUGUGGCUAUGCACACACAUUAGUAUUAACAGAUGAAGGCCAAGUGUAUGCUUGGGGUGCCAAUUCUUACGGGCAGUUGGGCACUGGCAAUAAAAGCAACCAGUCCUAUCCUACUCCUGUCACUGUGGAAAAGGACAGGAUUAUCGAGAUUGCAGCCUGUCACUCGACCCACACGUCUGCGGCCAAGACGCAGGGUGGGCACGUGUACAUGUGGGGCCAGUGCCGGGGCCAGUCCGUGAUCCUCCCGCACCUCACCCACUUCUCCUGCACCGACGACGUGUUUGCCUGCUUUGCCACUCCCGCCGUCACGUGGCGCCUCCUCUCCGUGGAACCUGAUGACCACCUUACAGUGGCUGAGUCACUGAAGAGGGAAUUUGACAACCCUGACACUGCAGACCUGAAGUUUCUGGUGGAUGGAAAGUACAUUUAUGCACAUAAAGUCCUUCUCAAGAUUCGAUGUGAGCAUUUCCGUUCGUCGUUGGAAGAUAACGAGGAUGAUAUUGUAGAAAUGAGUGAAUUUUCAUAUCCUGUUUACCGGGCCUUCCUGGAAUACCUGUACACAGACAGCAUCAGCCUUUCUCCUGAGGAGGCAGUAGGACUGCUAGACUUGGCGACAUUUUAUAGAGAAAAUCGUUUGAAAAAGCUCUGCCAACAAACUAUCAAGCAAGGCAUCUGCGAGGAGAACGCCAUCGCUCUGCUCUCGGCUGCCGUGAAGUAUGACGCCCAGGAUUUAGAAGAAUUCUGCUUCAGGUUUUGCAUAAACCAUCUGACUGUGGUAACACAAACUUCAGGUUUUGCGGAAAUGGACCAUGAUCUCCUGAAGAACUUUAUCAGCAAAGCAAGCAGAGUUGGAGCCUUUAAAAAUUGAUCCCAUCUGCAGGAAAGGAGUUUUUGAGCCUUUCCAUUUCCCCUGCAAAAGCCAGAGAUGAAUCACUUCUCUUUAAUUAAUAGUAUGUAUUGUGAGCUACAUUUGGCUGAGUACUUGUAUCUGUCAAAAGAAGGAUGAUGAGUGGUCUUCAUCUGCCUAAAUCCAGAGUUUACGUAGAAAGCAUUGAAUGUUCUGAUCAGAUGCGACUAAGUUCAAGGAAAAAAAAUUGAAAUAAUCUUAUUUACCGUUUCCUCUUUUGAGUCACUUACAUUGGUACCCUGGUCUCAGUAUACGCUAUUCUGGCCCAAAUUUCCCAUUAUUCAGCUGGCUAAUGCCACAUACAUAGCUUGACAAGGAGUGCUGUCCUUACCACAUUUUCAGCAUUCAGCACAGUGCCUUGCAUAUAGUAGGCACUGAAUUUACUAUAAAUCUUCAGUAUGUCCUGAGAACAACUUUCAUUGUGGAAUACUGAGAGAAGGAAUAACUUGCACAAAAUAAACUUAAAACAGCCUGUAAUUAUUGAGGUUCAUAUUCUUCUGGCAUGUCAUUCUGAGAAAUUAUAGCUAAUUUCGAGCAUUAUUUAGAAUUCACAAAAGGCCUUGGCAAUUAAAUUGUCAGAGGCCCAAGGGCUAAUUUUAAUUUUUUAUUUACUUGGAGUCAUUCAUUAAUUUCUCACAUGAGAUUAUGGAGUCUGAAGUAUUAUCUUUGAAUGAAAUUCCUGGGCUUAUCUGCCUUACAUAAUCACAUAAGGUCCUUUGCUUUUCUUUUGUGUUAAGAGGGAUUUGCCUCUGUAAAUGAAAAUUACGAUGUGUUUUUCUUGUAGCUGACUUUCACGUCACUAUGAAAUAGGUCUCUUAACCUGGCACCAGUAUAACUUAAAGUAUUAGCUGAAAAGGAACUGAUACUUACAUUUCAUGGACAGCAUUAACAAGAAUGAGACAAACUCACACUUUUUAGACCAAAACAAAUUACCUAAUUGCAAAAGAGAAACUGGAAUGGAACACAGUGUCAGAUUCUUCUAUUGUGUAUCUCCCAAUAUCAUGUAAAGAAAACCCUUUUGGAAUUAAUUCUUGUUCUGAUGCUGAACUAUUUGAUAAUAAAGUGCUUAUUUGCAGAUAACAGAA